AAAUUAUUAUUAUUAUUAGCAUUUUAUAUGUGUACAGCUCUGGUAGGUAGAAAUUAAAGACCUGGGAGGCUAAGAAAAUGCCUCCAGCGAACCUUGGAUCCUACCCCCCCUGAGUCUUGCCAUGGAAGAAACGCAGCCGAAAACGUUGAUCGAGACGAUACCAUCCAGCACAAAAUGCAAGAUUUUGACCCUGUAACUGUCUUAGAUCUACAGUGCCUAGACCUGGAUAAGCUAGGAGAGGUUCGCAAAUACUGGGGCCUGUUUCGUUCGGUCGACCAUGAUGUUCCUGUAACCCUUUCGAACCAACUUCAAGACCUUGCCAGGAAGCUUCUCUCCCUUUCUUUUGAAUCCAAACAAGCGCUGUUCACUAGCCCAAAUUUCCUGCUUCUCAAUCACUUUCUCAUCGGUUUCAUGCUGGAGAUCAAAUGCUUGAUACUUUCAGCUCUGCUUAUCCUUUCGGUUUGAAGGCCAAAGAAAUCAAGCAUGUCUGAAAUACUGAACCUUAAAUCCUACCCUCCCGUGUUUCGCCAACAGUACAUCGGAAUCCAACAAAACUCCGGCCUUGACGAUACCACCAAACAGAUUCAAGAAGUUGUUAACGAUGAUGCCAUUCCGGUAUUAGACUUUCAGUGCCUAGACCUGGGCAAGCUUCAAGAGGCUUGCGAGGAUUGGGGAUUGUUUCGUUUGGUCAAUCAUGGGAUUCCUCUAACCCUUAUGAGCCAGCUUAGAGACCAUUCCAGAAACCUUUUUUCUCUUACUUUUGAAUCAAAACAAGAACUGUUCACUAACCCUAUGUCGUAUUUUUGGGGCACAACUGCCCUGACUCCAACCGGGGCAGCUCUCUCAAUAGGACCACAAAACAUCAACUGGGUUGAAGGUCUCAAUAUCCCGCUGAGUCAACUCUCUCUGUUUCAAAAAGAAAAUGAAACGCUUGGUUCGUUCAGAGUUUUGUUGGAAGAGUAUGGAGGGCACCUAGCUAGACUUGCAACAACCAUGUUCGGAGCAAUGGCCAAAAACCUCCAUCUUGAUCCUGAACUUUCAAAAACUUACAUUUCAGAAUCAACCGGAUUCGUACGUGUUUACCGAUACCCUCAAUGCUCUAUGGAAAAUGAGGCCUGGGGCAUAAAUGUGCACACAGACAGCUCAGUUCUGUCAAUAUUGAACCAAGACCAAGUGGGUGGACUUCAGGUUCUCAAAGAUGAUAACUGGCUACAAGUAAAACCCAUUCCUGACACACUGGUUUUCAACCUUGGAGAUAUGAUGCAGGCCAUAAGCGACGACAAAUACAAGAGUGUGAAACAUAGAGUGAAGGUGAACAAAGAAAAGGAGAGAUUCUCCAUCUGCUACUUUGUCUUCCCCGCUGAAGGCAGUGUCAUACAGAGCUCAAAGUACAGGCCUUUCACAUACAGUGAUUUCCAAGCACAAGUGCAACAAGACGUAAAGACACUAGGAUUUAAAGUUGGGCUUGAGAGGUUCAAGGUUGCUGGUUGAUUAUUAUUAUUUUUUUCUCGCAAGUCUCCUCCUCUAAUUUAUUUAGACAGGUCUGUUUUCCAAUUACAAACAAAUGUUGAAGAUGACAUAUCAAUUAUUGCUAUCUGUUCCGCUUA